AUGGCGUUGGCACCAUUCAUGGUUUCUGCCUCUGCGGCCGGUGCGGUGCUUUUGGCACGGACACUUCUGCGGAGGCGGGUGAGGAGUGUGGUUCUCUUAUUCUCGGAGGCGCGGCUGUACGAGAUGUUUGAUGUCGUGAGAAAAGCUGCGACUGCCGCUGGCCGUGCCGUGCUUCAUCAGGGCGAUGGGAACUACGUUGAGGUGACGCUAAACUGGAAUAACGCGAUAUCUCUACGUGUGCCUGCGCUAUUGCUCGACAACGGCCAGCUGGACGUCAUGGAAGUCUUCGAGGUGUACAGCGGCCUUCUGCGACACAGGCAUCCAGAUGGGCUUCUCCUGUCCGACGCGUGGAAUCUGCUGAUGGCCAUCGUGAGCCAUCACCUGCGACGACAGCUGCAGAAGGAUAACGCCGUCAUCCUGGACGAUGCGCAGGCAGAGGGGCUUCUGGCUCUCUGCACCUUGCUGCGAGGGAAGUAUGCUAUAACGAGGUCACCUUUACUGUUGAAAAGCCUUUUGCUCGUGCAUGACUUCCCUGAGAAGCAUUUUCAACUUUUUUUGAGCGCGUACAAUAAGAAAAAAUCGACGCGGUUGGGGUUGUUUUCUUUUUCACGACUUGUGUACAGCUCCUGCUCCUUUCGCCAGUUAAUUGUGUUGACGUCUGCGUUGAUGCUGUCGCCAGAUGCAAUUCUUAACGCACUUGCUGGGUGGCACACGGAGAUGAAUUGGACGCCAUUGUACGUCACCGAAAUUGGGAAAACGCUAUCUACUGGGUUGGUGCCACACGAGUGUUCCUUUUUUGAAUUUCUUGAGGCGCAGUUCAGUGGUGCCCCCGGAGCGCUCGUGGCCAUCGCGGUUACUUCAAUUGGGCCAGUUGAGCUGCUCUACUGCCUUCGGAACGUUGCCACGAACUAUAUUUUAAUGGAACUCGUUGCGGCGUUUCACGUCAGUGCCUACUUGGCGCUGGCUACUGCCGAUUAUUGCCCUGAUAAUAACUGGUCUUUGUCGCAGAGUGUCUCACACGCGCUUUGGCACGUAUCAAGUUCCGCGAUGGGUGAGCUGCAGAGCCAUGUGCCUUUGCUGUUGGAGCUGCUCAGCAGCGGCUGGGUUGCCGUGCGCUUUCCUGUAAUGGCGCUGGCGAUGUGGCUAGGUGUGCAGUGGAGUGACUUUGUCGCAUUUCUGAAUGAAUCUCUCUACCUAGAGUCUCAGUAUGCCAAACGUCACUUUCUCUCACCCGAAGGCUGCGCCAAUCGCGACGACGCGGACAGCCAUAGCUGUAAGGAAGGAGAUGGGGGAGAGCGUCACAGGGGGCGUCUUUGCUGCGCUGGCAAUCACAGGUCCCCAUCCCCCAUUUGCUUGCUUACAAAACUGGAUGACUUUGCCUGGGACAACCUUACGGCGGUGGGACGGAGACGGCAGACGGAUGCUCAGCCACAGCCUGCUGCUCGAGCCGGCAUGCGGCAGCACCACGGGCUGGCCAUCCUCUUACUCGUUUCGUUGGAGUGCAGGGCUAUCACAGAGCCGUCAUGGAAUUGCAUCUUGCGACACGUGUCUUGGCCGCUGGCCCCCACAGCGCUUGUGAGGCACAUUGCUUACAGCCUGGCAGAGACCCCACAAAGCAAGGUGCAGGCCGUAAACCUCCAGCGACUUCAAUGGGUGAAGGAGGCCAUGAGACAAGCUUUGUCCAUGAAGGAACCCGGCCCUGAGUUGCACUGCGGUUCACGAUACCGUGCGGAAUAUUUUAAGGGAUUUACGCUUUUUAGACAGAACGGUUUGGAGUUGGGGAUCGCCAAGGCUGUCGUUGGGGCUGACUCUGGGCUCCGAAAUGACAAGCGGGAAGAUUUUAUUCGCGAUGCUCUGCGUGGGGUGUUUCGAACCGCCGAUGCGAUGCCGCUGCUUCUCACCUCAACUGCAACACUGUGUUCUUCGCAGGCGUACCUUGAACAAACCGUGUUGGAGCAAAACAGCAUCAUGUCACAUUUAGACUUUAUUAAACACGCGGUUCCCUUUUUUCCUCCGCUUGCCGAUAUGUUUUAUGAGGAGCACGGCCUUAGUGAGGCGCAGAUUGACCUGGAGCGUGUUCGGAGACGUUUGAUGUUAGGUGGAAGUUCCCUGGGCUGCUAUCAGGUGCUGGAGGAGCUGCAGUUCGUGCAGCACGGGAUAGAUCGCCCCGUUGCAAGUCCUCCCCCGUCGAUGGAGGGGCCGUGGAGUGUUGAGUUCCACGAUGUGUCGUACCGGUACAGCGAGUGUCAUCCGUACAUAUUACGCGGGGUGUCGUUCAGUGUUGCGAAGGGGUCAUUUCUCGGUAUUGCUGGGUACAGUGGGGCGGGCAAGACAACACUUUUGCGCUUGCUAAAUCGGACGUAUGCGCCCACGUCGGGCGAAAUUCGGAUUAACGGAAUUGACAUCCGCCGUUACCCUGUCCGAAUGCUGCGGCGGCGAAUAGUGAAUGCUUGGCAGGAGGAAAUGCAGCUGCGGUUGUUUGACCAACUCUCAAUCGCAGACAAUGUGGCGCUGGGUAAUCUUUGGGCAUGCUCUGAGGCAGACAUUCACAGGGCCUUGUCCACAGCCCAGGCUUUGUCCUUUGUGCAGAAGCGCUCCUCCAGUAUCCACGCACCACUGCGUGCACGGGAGUUUAGUGGCGGGGAAGUGGAACGCCUCUGCAUUGCUCGAGCGCUGAUGAGACAAAACGCGGGGGCGUGCCUGUACGUCUUUGACGAGGCAACGAGUGCGGUCGACACUAACACGGAGCGGUUGAUUUUUCGCUCACUUGGGCUGACUACAGAGGCCAGGCGACUCCGUCACACAACAUCUAUCGUUGUAUCGCACCGCCUUGCAACGUUGAAGUCGGCAGAUACGAUUCUUGUUCUCAAUGAUGGCAGAGUUGAGCAGCUUGGCUGCUGGGAUGAGCUUUGCAGGAGCAAACCCGAUUCCUGUUUUUCACGCAUGAUGCGGUCGCAGCAGUUGCCCGCGUUCGAUCCGUAA